GGCUUCUAUUGUUGCAAGUUUUUUCUUCCGAUUUUGACCUUGAAAGCACUACUGCUCUUGUUUACUGCUCAGGUUUUGACCACCAGUAUGAAUUAGUAUAGAUCGUUGGAUCCACAUCAGUAGACGGCUCAUAGCGAAUUGGAGGUACCAUAAAAGUCCCAUGGAACACACACUCUAUUCUGAGGAUUGUAGGUCGGUUGACCUGUAGUCGAGGAUUUAAAAAGUGAAUAAAUCGGUUUGCCCUGAAACUAGGUUUGCUUGUUGGCAUGAACUUUGCUGAGUUGUUUUAAUACUUGAGAGGUCUGAUGGUUAAUUUGACCUAAGUUCUUCCAUGGUUUGAUUGAAACACAUGGAGUGGAAUUUAUUACACACAUGUUUGACUGAAUGUUAAUGAUGGAAUGCUUUAGUUAUAUUCUGGAUACUGUCUUUUCGGAUCAAGUUAUCCGCGAAAGGGUACCAUCAAGGUAUUUGUCAGUGAGAUAUUUGAGGUACCACAUAAUGAAAAUAGAUAUGUAAUAUUUGUAGUUAUAUGCAUCCAUAGUUCAAACGUGUAAUGACUCCGUACUAACUUACACUCACAGAAAGUAUAUUCUGUUAUUAUUAGUGUUCUUAGACUAUAGUGGUGAUAAUCUCGUUAAUUCGUCGUCGGUUUGUAGACCGGUAAGCUGUGCUGGUUUGGGCAUUUUGGAUCUCCGCAUCAUCACCACUGGCAGGUUAUGUUGGAUGUGGCAUUGUCGAGUUGCAUCUGAAAAACCGGGGUCAUUUGCCCCUCCCUUAUGUUUGCACUGAACGGGCAGUAUAUUUUUAAUGCCCAUGUCAAGGUUCAGAUUGGUGAUGGGAAAAACUCCUUUUUCUGGGAGCACAAAUGGAUUGAUAGCACUUCUAUUGAAGAGAUUGCCCCGACCUAUACAAUAUUCGAUUCCCCCGGCUGUUAGAUCAUCAAGGUCGGUCGCAGAUGCCCUUCAAAAUUCUGAAUUUGGAUGAAUACACAGGCGAUGGCUCGGUUCAUUUCAGAGGUCACCCUAUUUUAAAGCAUAAUACAGGCAAUUGGAGAGCAUGCUCAUUAAUUCUUGGAACUGAAGUGUGUGAACGUUUGGCCUACUAUGGGAUCUCAAAGAGUUUGGUCACUUACCUUUCAACAAGACUACAUCAAGGCAAUGUCUCCGCAGCUAGAAACUUCACAACUUGGCAAGGAACUUGUUACCUCACACCACUUAUUGGAGCAACCUUAGCAGAUUCAUACUGGGGAAAGUACAGGACUAUUGCAGUUUUCUCAACUAUUUACUUUCUUGGGAUGGCAGCAUUGACACUUUCGGCAUCAGUUCCUUCUCUCCAGCCCCCUCAAUGUAUUGGGUCAUUUUGUCCACAAGCAAACCUACAACAGUAUCUUAUAUACUUUAUUGGACUAUACAUGAUAGCUUUAGGGGCUGGAGGUAUCAAGCCAUGUGUUUCAUCCUUCGGUGCUGAUCAAUUUGAUGAUACUGAUCCAGUCGAGAGAACAAAGAAAGGCGCUUUCUUCAAUUGGUUUUAUUUCUGCAUAAGUAUUGGUUCAUUGAUCUCUGGCACUGUUCUCAUUUGGGUACAAGAAAAUUGUGGAUAUAGUAUUGGAUUUGGAAUCCCUACUUUCUUCAUUGCCUUAGCUAUCGGAAGCUUUGUUCUCGGUUCAGAGAUAUAUAGAUUUCAGGUACCUGGAGGAAGCCCGCUUACAAGAGCAUGUCAAGUAGUUGUUGCGGCCAUUCGCAAGCAAAAUGUUGAUUUGCCAGUUGAUAGUUCUCUUCUCUAUGAGUGCCAUGGUAAGAUGUCGGCUAUUGAAGGGAGUGGCAAGCUGGAGCACAGUAGUGAAUUCAGUUUCCUUGAUAAAUCUGCAGUCAUUUUGUUGAGUGAACAUGGCGGUUGUCAUAAUCCUUGGAGGCUUUGUACUGUCACACAGAUUGAAGAGCUAAAAAUACUGAUCAGGAUGUUUCCAAUCUGGGCAACAGGCAUCAUGUUCUUCACCGUGUAUGCGCAGAAUUCAUCGAUGUUCAUAGAGCAAGGAAUGGUCCUCAACAACCAAGUUGGAUCUUUUAAAAUCCCGCCAGCUACUCUCUCCUCCUUGGACACGAUCAGCGUGGUUGUUGGGAUCCCUAUCUACGAGAGACUCAUCGUGCCGGUUGCCAGGAGAUUGACCGGUAAGGAGAGGGGAUUCUCAGAGCUUCAACGCAUAGGGAUCGGUCUGUUCGUGUCGACCAUCGCGGUGAUAGUUGCAGCAUUGGUCGAGGUCAAGCGCCUGGAGAACGCGAGAACUGAGGGUCUGAUCCAUCAGAAUGUGCCUAUUCCCAUGAGCAUUCUUUGGCAAGCUCCUCAGUACCUGCUGGUCGGCAUUGGCGAGGUGUUCACGUCCAUCGGACAAGCUGAGUUCUUCUACAACCAGUCUCCUGAUUCCAUGAGGAGCCUGUGCUCGGCUUUUGCCCUGCUCACCGUGUCUCUUGGAAGCUAUCUUAGCUCGUUCAUACUGACCCUAGUGUCAUAUUUCACGACGCGAGGGGAACAGAUGGGGUGGAUCCCUGAUAACCUGAACGAAGGCCAUCUUGACCGCUUCUUCUGGCUCGUAGCUGGCCUCAGCUCUCUGAACUGUCUUGCUUUCAUUUAUUUUGCACAGCGAUACAAGUGCAAGAAAGCCUCUGUACUUUAAUAUCUUGGCUUCCCUUCGCUACUGUUUAUUGUACAGAAAGCUGCAUGUAGAUUCCUUUCAUCAACCAGCUGCAAUGUACAGUCCCUUCUGUACUGUUCAGUUGCAUCGUCUGUGAUGCUUUUUUGAAUGUAGCAAAGCUGGAAUGUACAAAAGAUUACAAUUAGGGUGUCAUCUCACUAUUAGCUACUCCGUACUAAAAGUUCCAGCUUAUGGUGAGUACCAUCUCCUUUUCUUA